GGUCACAGCAGGUGUCUGUAGCGUGUUGCUCAGAAGACUGAGUUUGUGAAAUUUACUGCUAAACCCGGAAAGAAUUAAUUCGGAAGACAAAAAGAUGAGGCUAACGUUAGCUGUUAGCUUACUGACAACGUAAUAGAAAUAAGUACAACAGGAUUGUAUUUUGUUUGUUGGUAUUUCUGAAGAAGUCAGUGCAGAGUAGCUGGUUAAUUAUCUCCAUUCCCUCUUGUGUGUCGUUAACUAACAUUUUCAGACUGCAGUCCUGCAAACGGCAUAUGUAAUAUAUAUCGGGGUUUAAAAGAAAAUGUCUCCAGCUUGAUGGAGAGAGUUAAAGAAAACGUAACCGGAAUCAUGGCGGUCCAGGUGUCCGAGUCCGACCAGAUCAAACAGUUUAAGGAGUUUCUGGGAACGUACAACAAGGUGACGGAGAACUGUUUCAUGGACUGCGUCAAAGAUUUCACCAGCAGGGACGUGAAGCCCGAUGAGUCCAGCUGCUCCGAGUCGUGUCUACAGAAGUAUCUAAAGAUGACUCAGCGGAUCUCCAUGCGUUUCCAGGAGUAUCACAUCCAGCAGAACGAGGCUCUGGCUGCUAAAGCGGGCCUACUGGGACAACCCCGCUGAACUGGACUGGACUGAUAUCAGCAGGUCCACCGUGUUGGAUGGAAACAGACUGUGAAGUGCAGCUCAUGACUUCUGGUGUUCGGAGAGAGCUGGGAUCAGGAUCUGACGGCUUUCUUUCAACUUACGUACAGAAACAGUGGAAUCGUCCUUAAUCGUUAUUUUAUGUUGAUGUGAUGUUGAAAUAAAGUUUUAUUGUU